GGUGGGUUAGGUGCGGCGGCAGUGGGUGAUUUGGUUGCGGUGGCGUUGGGUGGAGGUGUAAGGGUGAUUGUGGUGGUGGGUUAGGUGCGGCGGCAGUGGGUGAUUUGGUUGCGGCGGCGUUGGGUGGUGUGUGGAAGUGAAGGGGCGGUUGUGGUGGUGGGUUAGGUGCGGCGUCGUUGGGUGGUGGGUGGAGGUGAAGGGGUGGUUGUGGUGGUGGGUUAGGUGCGGCGACGGUGGGAUGUUGUGAUCGACGGCGGUGAGUGAUUUGCCUGGUUUCUUUUUGGCCACAAAACACCAUUGAGAUGUAUGUUUGAGCUCACUCCAAUUAUGACCAGCUUCUAGCUUCUUUCUGGUACUUCAAUUAUGACCAGCUUCUUUGUGGUACUUCAAUUAUGACCAGCUUCAAUUAUGUUUGAAAUAUAUUUUGUUUUGUUUUGGGGUUUUGAUCUGCACAAGUUUUUGGGCUGAAUCUGGUAUUUGUUUUGGGGUUUUGAUAUGCACAAAUCAAUAUUUUAUUUUGGGAUAAAAAAGUGCAAAUUUGGUCUGAUUGUAUGGUGGUUGUAGAUAAUGAAGGAUGGUAGUGGUGGUGGUGGAGGUGGAGGAUGGUGGUGAUAGGUGGUUCCUAAUUUCAGAAAUAUAUAUAUAUAUAUAUGGUUAUGAAAAUAAUAUCUUAAAUUAUUUUGUUUUAUUUUUACGUAAUAGUCCCUUGAUAUAAUUUAUCUUACACAAUAACCCCUUGAAUGCUGAAAUUACAAUAGUACCCUCAUGUGCCUUGCACAUGACUAGAUUUAACCAAAAAAUCUAACUGGGUUUGGCCUAAAGGACAAAACGUGCAAGAUUUUGAAAGGAUGAGCUGUUAUGGUUGGAAAAGAGAGCGUGCAAAAGACCAACUGUGCCACCGUAUGACCGUUUCCUGCAAACGUUACAAUCAUACAACAAUCAAACCAUUUCAAUAAUUGAAAGAUUCUACCAUGCAUUCGCCCAAAUCAUCCAUCAAUUAAUCUUAUUAUAUUUGAAAAUCAAGCUUUAAUCUGAUGGAAUGCAACUGCAACUGUCAUGUUCCUUAAAUUUCUCCGGUCAUCGCCGUUCAUAAUUCCGUACCAGGGUGAGAUUUGGAUUGUAAAUCAACCAGACAUGAGUUGUAGCUGCUUUGGUUCCUCGCGUGUACAAAAGAAAGAGACAAGUACUCAUAGGGAAUUGGAAGGUUAUUCUCUUGAUAAUGUCAGGAAUUUUUCAUAUAAAGAAUUACGACUAGCAACAGAUAACUUUGAUCGAAGUACCAAGAUAGGGCGAGGAGGUUUUGGGGUGGUUUAUAAGGGAAUCCUCAAGGAUGGAAAACAAGUAGCUGUAAAGACACUUUCUGCUGAAUCCAAACAGGGGGUUCGUGAAUUUUUAGCAGAAAUUAAUGCGAUAUCAAAUGUCAGACAUCAAAACCUCGUUGAGUUGAUCGGAUGUUGCGUUGAAGGAACUCAUCGGAUUUUAGUCUAUGAAUUUGUAGAAAAUAACAGCCUUGACCAUGCACUAUUAAGGAAAAAAAGCAAUACUAUAGAGCUCGAUUGGGAACAAAGAUCGAAGAUAAUGAUUGGUACAGCACGGGGGCUUGCAUAUCUUCAUGAAGAACUUGACCCACAUAUUGUGCAUAGAGAUAUUAAAGCUAGUAAUAUACUUCUAGACAAGGAUUUCACACCAAAAAUUGGUGAUUUUGGAUUGGCUAGACUUUUCCCUGAUAGCAUCACUCAUAUAAGCACAAAACUAGCCGGAACAACCGGUUAUUUGGCCCCUGAAUAUGUAUUGGGUGGUCGGUUGACUUUGAAAGCCGAUGUGUAUAGCUUUGGGGUCCUCAUGCUUGAGACAAUAAGCGGCAGAAGCAGUUCACUAUCAACCUGGGGUAUAAGUCAGAAAGUUCUAUUGGAAUGGGCAUGGGAGCUCUACGAAGAGGGGAGACUUCUAGAGCUCGUAGAUCCCGACCUUAAAACAUAUCCCGAGGAUGAUGUCAUUAAGUAUAUAAAAGUGGCCUUUUUUUGUACUCAAGCAACGGCAAACCGAAGGCCAUUGAUGAGCCAAGUUGUCGACAUGUUGUCAAGAAACAUUAAACUUAACGAAAAGGAACUUACACCACCGGCAAUUUUCCAAGAUUCUAACGACAACAAAAAGACGUCUGGUGCGUCCACGAGCCGUCUAAUAAGUUCUUUUCCUAGCACCAUUACACAAGUAAUCCCUAGAUGAACACAUUUAUAAGCUGAAAUUAUAUAUAGAAUGAUAGGAGUUAGUUAAGACGGGAUGCCUGUCUUAACUGUCAUUGGUAGCCGACGGCUGAUGUGGCAAUGGAACUCUGUUUCUACAACAGCAGCCUUUCGACCGGCAUUGAGGUCGAAAUUCGGAUGGAGUUGAUUAUGAGUAUAUUGUAUCAUAUUGUCUAAAUUCAUUGGGUUGAUAUGGGAUGGGCAUAAUCAUGGAGUAUUUAAAGAUUCUUUUUCAAUAUAUAAAAAUUGGGGAUGUUAACCCCGGGUUCAAUA